AGUAACCGAGUGCGUCCUUCCAGAAGAGCCGAGAUCCUGAGUCCGUCAGCAUGUUCAACUUCAGACAGCUCGAGGAAGACCCUUUCUUCGCCUCAUCAAGCGACCCCUUCAGGCUGCAUCACGAGCGCAUGCGGCAGAUGAUGGGGGGGUUUUCUGACCCUUUCGCUCAGAGCUUCAUGCCCAGCAUCACAGAUGUCCACCAGCGGGGUCACAGACAUCCUAACACCGGCCCACGCCAGCGCAGUGACCGAGAGCUGGACUUCUUUGCCAAUCCUUUCUCUAUGAUGGAAAGCAUGAGGAACCGGAUGGAGGCGAUGCACAGACAUACUGACAGCAUGUCAUCUCCAGACUCCAACAGCCACUCCUUCUCCUCCUCCUCUGUCAUGACCUACUCGAAAGUAGGAGACGAGCCGGCAAAAGUGUUCGCAGCCUCGUCUCAGACGCGCUGUGCUCCUGGAGGAAUAAAGGAGACCAAGAAGUCUCUGCGGGACUCUGAGAGUGGACUCCAGAAGAUGUCCAUCGGCCAUCACAUCCAGGACAGAGGACACGUCAUCGAGAGGAAGGAGAACAGGAAGACUGGAGAGAAAGAGUUCAACCAGGACUUCCAGAACAUGGACGAAACCGAGGCGCAGGCCUUUGAUCAGGAAUGGCAGCAGGAGGUGUCCAGAUUCCAGGUUUCUGCACCCACGGCCCGUUUAGAGGCUCCGAAACACAGAACUGUGCACCGAGCGGCCAUCACAGCACCACAACACACACACAGAGACUCCAGAGCAGCUGAAGGAAAUCAAAAGCUCCACAUGACAGGCUCCAGCGUCAAGAAGCACUAAAGCUCCUUCAGAAUAAAACACUGCUGACCUCUUACCGCAGCGUCCUCAUCAUCUGACCUGCUCAUGUCUGACUCACAUCACAAACUCCAGCAGUGCAUCGCCAGCAGAAACUCUCUUCCCUUCAGGAUUAUUUCAUUCGGAGAGUUAUUUCUACAGGAGUACACUUUUAUACCACUGAGCUAUAAAUAUUUGUCUAUACUGUGCAGUCUGUGCUUUUCCUUUCAAACCCUAAUAGUGUUGUCAUCAUCAUGCACUGUCACUUUAAUCACUAGAAGACUCUGCUGAUGUGCUGCUUCUGAUCAUCUCAUCUGUACCUGUACACUGAUAAACAGUCCACACAGGGAUAGUUCACCUCGAAAAUGAACAUUGCCUGUUAAAUUGACAUUUUUCCCACAGUAGAACAUUAAAGGGCCAGGACCCCCCCCCCCACCCCCUGUCUCAGCAGGGUGUUUUGACACCUCUAGUUUGGAAAAGGUCAUUCAAAUGGGCGUGUCCAGCUCUGUUUAUAUGGGAGUGUAAUUCACACGUGUGUCCAGCUGCGCUCUCAUAGCGGGGAAGUGAAAACAAAACCUUCACUGCAGCACAUUAAUAAACGCAACACUGACGACUCAUAUCUCCAAACAAUUCUUCUUCUUCUA